AUGCUGCCAUCCAUCGGAUCUGCUGCUACUCGACGUCCAAGUGCACGCCGGAAAAAGGUCAACCGCCUUCGAGCUUCGUCGAUCUACUCCCUGCUGUCUCUAUCUGCCGUCACCAGAGCUCCACCAUGGCCGCCGCUGACUGAGGAAGCAAGAGAGGGAAGAAGACAAGGGGCCAAACGAGGUGGAAGUAGCAAACCCAUAAUAGAACUAAAUAUCGGCAAUGGUAGCAACAAGAAACGACGGAGACGGACCUCUAACAGAGUGGGGUGCCGCGCAAAGCUUGGAUUUAAGAAAGAGAGUAAUGGGGAGUUUACGGUGUCUACAUUUGUUGAGGAACACAACCAUAGUAUGUGCUCCGAGGGUGCUAAAUUAUUUUUGCGGGGCAACCGGAAGCUUAGUGUGGCCCAACAAGCAUUUCUAGCAAAUUGCAUUAAGGCUAACAUUGGUUAUUCCACCGGGUUUAGGUUAUGUAAGGAGGUGGCCGGUUCGUAUGAGAAUGUUGGUGCAACGGACAUGGAGUUCCAUAAUUUUAAACGGGACUUGCAAUCGUAUGUUGAUGUGGUUGACGGUGAGAUGAUUAUCGAAAGGUUCAAAACAAAGCGUGAAGUCUGCGACAGGUUCUUUUUCGAUUACCACCUCGAUGAAGAAAAUCGGCUUGCACGACUCUUUUGGGCGGACCCUAUUGGUAGGGGGAGUUUUUCUUGUUACGGUGAUGUGAUCUCGUUCGACGCCACGUACAGCACGAACAGAUAUAGUUUGGUGUUUGUGCCAUUUACUGGAGUGGACAACCACAAGCGCUGCAUUACUUUCGCCGCCGGGUUAAUCACUAAAGAAGAUGUGGAAUCGUACAGUUGGCUGCUAGAGAGAUUCAUUGGUGCAAUGGGGAAGCCCCCUUUAUGUGCUGUCACCGAUCAGGACCCAGCUAUGAAGAUUGCUAUGGACCAAAUUAUACCUGAGUGUCGCCACCGUUAUUGUAUGUGGCACAUUAUGACAAAGGUUAGUGAAAAAGUCGGGCCUGAGUUAGCAAAGAAUGAGGUGUUCCGCAAGAGUUUGAAUGAUAUUGUUUGGAAUGAAAGGAUCUCCAGCAGUGAUUUCGAAGUGCAAUGGCAGCUGCUAAUGGAAGAAUACAACUUGUCUGAGCACCGUUGGUUUCGUAAGUUGUUUGCAGAACGAGAGCAUUGGAUCCCUGCAUUUUUCUCUGAUUUGCCAAUGAGUGGGUUGGUACGCACCACAUCCCGGUCUGAGGCACAGAACAGCGUUUAUGGGAAGUUCACCCGCCCCCAUUCUAGUUUGGUUCAGUUUUACAUUCAGUUCGAGAGUGUCCUUGAGACUCAGGGCCACAAGCAAGCUAAAUUAGAUGCCCAAUGCGAGGGGUACUUGCCCGAGUUUAAAACCCCUUUGGCGUUAGAGCGGGACAUCGCAAAAUUGUUCACACUCGCUAUUUUCUAUGAUACGCAACCAGAGAUUGAUGCUGCCUGUUUCUAUUGCGAAGUUGUGGAUAUCCGUAAGGAUGGUACGGACAUUUAUUAUGACAUUACGGGUGAUUCCACCACCACGUACACUGUACACUACAAGCCGGAUGGGUGUAUUGCUUUUUGCAGUUGCAAGAUGUUCCAACGAAUGGGGUUGAUUUGCCGGCAUAUGUUCUUGGUGUUCAAAGGAGCACAUCUAGAGCAGUUACCAUCCCAGUACAUCAUGGAUCGUUGGCGCAAACACCUGAGUUGCGGUGCUUGUCGAGGGCGACAUCCCAACGAACACGUCCCACAAACAAGAGCAACAGAAUUAUGGUCUAAGAUCAACACGUGUGUAGGGCUGGUGGGUGAGAGCACGGCGCGUCAAGCCCGAAUGGUGCAGGUAUUGAAAGAAUUGAGCAAGGAAUUUGCAUGCGACGGUACAAACACCGGCACCGCAAAGGGUAACAGUGCUGCGAUCGCGGCAUUAUGUGGGGUACAGCCACCGCAAUCAAUAACCAUUAAACCCCCGGCCCAAGCUAAGAACAAAGGUAGUGGGAAGCGUCUUAAAAGCAACCGCGAGAUAGCCAUAGAGAACAGUGCUAAAGUUGGCCGAAAGUGUGGGUUGUGCGGUGAGUAUGCCCGUCAUAAUGCUCGUAGUUGUCCUUCCAGGUGCAAUAUGGUUUAG